GGCGCUGCUCCUGGCCAGCCUUAGCCGUGCCGGGUCGCAGUCCCCCGGGUUGUGCGCCUCGGGUGGCAGCGGGGUGGAGGAUCGCGGCCGGUGGCUGGGCUCGGCGCUUUCAUUUCCAGAGUUCUUCCUCUGCUGAGAGUCCUUUUAUAAACUGAAUGUUUAUUGAAUGUUGGAUACAUAUCAGUCACAGUUUUUUGGUGCUUGGGAUCCGGCAGUGAACAAAAGAACCAACCCCUCUGCUAUCAUGAUACUCUCAUUGCCGCGGGCCCGAUAAUAAACUCAGCCUGCUCAGGCCGCCCCUCCCUAACCGGAAGAGGAAAUGACUGAGUCUGAGGGAACAGUGACAUUCAAAGAUGUGGCUAUUGAUUUCACCCCAGAAGAAUGGAAGCAAUUGGAUCCUACUCAGAGGAACCUAUAUCGGAAUGUGAUGUUAGAAAAUUAUAACAACUUAAUCACAGUGGGCUCUCCAGUCACCAAACCUGAUGUGAUUUUCAAGUUGGAACAAGAGGAAGAGCCAUGUGUAGUGGAGAAAGAAGUGUUAAAGAGACACUAUCCAGGAGAAAUUUGGGCAAUUGAUGAGCAUCAGAAAACCCAGAACAAACUCUUGAGACAAGAUUUCAAGGAAACAGUGACUGAUGAAGCCAAUGAAUGUUCUAAGAAAUUUGCAAAUACAUUUCCUCCAAAUGCAGAUUCCAUUCCUUCCAGACAUAAUCUCUAUGAACAUGAGUGGUUUGGAAAGUCUUCAGAAGAUAAUCUUGAUGAUCACAAUGAUGUUAAAAGCCCAAUGACAGAAGAACAUUUUGAAUAUGAUGAUGCUACGAAAUCAUUUAAUAAUAGCUCGCCCUAUUUUGUAGUGACCCCCUUUAAAUGUAACCAUUGUGGAAAAGGCUUCAGUCAAACCUUGGACCUUAUUAGGCACCUGAGAAUUCACACAGGUGGAAAACUCUAUGAAUGCCACCAAUGUGGAAAAGGAUUUAGCCUCAAGGAAAAACUUAUUAAUCAUCAUAAACUUCAUAGUAGGGAACAGUGUUAUGAGUGUAAUGAAUGUGGGAAAACUUUCAUUAAAAUGUCAAAUCUCAUUAGACAUCAAAGAAUUCAUACUGGAGAGAAACCGUAUGCAUGCAUGGAAUGUGGGAAGUCCUUCAGCCAGAAAUCUAAUCUGAUUGAUCAUGAAAAAAUUCAUACUGGUGAGAAACCUUAUGAAUGUAAUGAAUGUGGAAAAUCCUUCAGCCAGAAACAAAGCCUCAUUGCACAUCAAAAAGUUCACACUGGGGAGAAGCCUUAUGCAUGUAAUGAAUGUGGAAAAGCCUUCCCUCGAAUUGCUUCCCUUGCUCUUCAUAUGAGAAGUCAUACAGGAGAAAAACCUUAUAAAUGUGAUAAAUGUGGAAAAGCCUUUUCUCAGUUUUCCAUGCUUAUUAUACACGUAAGAAUCCAUACAGGUGAGAAACCCUAUGAAUGCAAUGAGUGUGGAAAAGCCUUCUCUCAAAGCUCAGCACUAACUGUACAUAUUAGAAGUCACACAGGUGAAAAACCCUAUGAAUGUAAGGAAUGUAGAAAAUCCUUCAGCCAUAAGAAAAACUUCAUUACCCAUCAGAAAAUUCACACUAGAGAGAAACCUUAUGGAUGCAAUGAAUGUGGGAAAGCUUUCAUUCAGAUGUCAAAUCUUGUUAGGCACCAGAGAAUUCAUACAGGAGAAAAACCUUACAUAUGUAAGGAAUGUGGCAAAGCUUUUAGCCAGAAAUCAAAUCUCAUUGCUCAUGAAAAAAUUCAUUCUGGAGAGAAACCCUAUGAGUGUAAUGAGUGUGGUAAAGCCUUCAGCCAGAAACAAAACUUUAUUACACACCAGAAAGUUCAUACUGGAGAGAAACCUUAUGAUUGUAAUAAAUGUGGUAAAGCCUUUUCUCAGAUUGCAUCCCUUACUCUUCAUUUGAGAAGUCACACAGGAGAAAAGCCUUAUGAAUGUGAUAAAUGUGGGAAAGCCUUCUCUCAGUGCUCACUACUUAAUUUACAUAUGAGAAGUCAUACAGGUGAGAAGCCUUAUGUAUGCAAUGAAUGUGGGAAAGCUUUCUCUCAAAGAACUUCCCUUAUUGUGCAUAUGAGAGGCCACACUGGUGAGAAGCCCUAUGAAUGUAACAAAUGUGGAAAAGCCUUUUCCCAGAGCUCGUCCCUUACUAUACACAUACGAGGUCACACGGGUGAGAAACCCUUCGACUGCAGCAAAUGUGGAAAAGCCUUCUCUCAGAUCUCAUCUCUUACUCUUCAUAUGAGGAAACACACAGGAAAAAGCCCUAUAAUUGUAUUGAGUGUGGCAAAGCUUUCAGCCAAAAGUCACACCUUGUUAGACACCAGAGAAUCCACACUAACUAGAAACUCCGUGAACAUUGUGAAUGUGGGGGCUGCCUACCAAUGAAAUAACCACCUCAUAGCACAUACUACAUGAUCCGUUCUAGAGCAGAAAGCUAUGAAUAUAGGAAAGCCUUGUGAAGAACCCAUGCAUUUAUUAGAGAAUUCUCAGUGAGAUGACCAAUCAUAUGAGAAAACUGAGAAACUGAACAAACCAGUUGAUAGCUAAUCAGUAUUCUCAUUCAAAUCUGACAGACAAUAUCUGCUGAGUAUCAGCAUACUUGAGCUCCUUGCCAAUGCAUGAAGCAAGAUAAGAAGAUUGGAAAAAGCAGAAAAGUAACCUUUUAUAGGCAGUAUGAGACUAUGAAAAAGUAGGUUAUGUAUGAUAAUGCAUAAAUAAGAAAAUCUAAGAUAAUUAGGUGACAUGUCUACAAAGUUACAAAACUUGCUGAUGGUUACAAAAGAACACUUGAAAAAUAAAGUUAGAAAAUUAUAAAAAAUACAAGUACUCUUCCAAUUUUCUACCUUUGCUAUACCUCCACUCAAAAUUUAUACAUCAGUUGUAAGGAAAUUCAUGAAAUGAUUUCAGAGUAAUACAGCAAGGCAAAGGACCACAAAUGGGAACAAAAAUUUUUUGACAAAACUAGGGAAGGUGAUCACUACUAGAUAUCAUUACAUUAUUUAAAGUUUUUUCUCAUUUAAAUUCUUUUGAGCGAAUAAAGAAACUACUGGAAACAAAUUGAGGAUUAACAUAGAAAUUCAAGACUUGGCCAAUUUGUGUAUGGUUAAUGCUACCGAAAUCAUUGGAGUAAGUGUCUAGCCUAUUCAGUAUGUGUGAAAUUCAUAUGACCCAAACACGUUAAUUCUCAACCAUACAUAUAUGAAAUCAAUGAGGCUGAUGAGAUGGUUCAGCUGAUAGGGUGCUUGCUGCCAAGCCUGAUACCUGAC